AUGGACGAAAAGGCGUUCACUCAGGAGGUCGACCAGUGGAUCGAGCAGCUGGGCGAGUGCAAGCAGCUGUCCGAGGGUCAGGUGAAGACCCUGUGCGAAAAGGCGAAGGAGAUUCUGACCGAAGAGUCCCACGUGCAGGAGGUGCGCUGCCCAGUGACCGUGUGCGGCGACGUUCACGGCCAGCUCCACGACCUGAUGGAGCUGUUCAGGACCGGAGGGAAGUUCCCCGACACCAACUACCUGUUCAUGGGCGACUACGUGGACAGAGGAUACUACUCCGUAGAAACCAUCUCCCUGCUCAUAGCUCUUAAGGUGGUCACUCACUGGAGGCUUCUCCUGUGGAUUGUGGAGAAACAUUGUUGUCUAAAGGAUAUUUCUUCCUCUUGGCGUCUCAGG